AUGUCUGAGGCCAUGACCCCAGGAAGAUAUGGCAACUUGACAUGAAGUACCAGAAAAUUAAGGGAUAAUGCCGCAGAUUGGCAUAACCACAUCCUGAAAUGGGUGAAUGUAGGAGGAUACACGAUUGCCACUAAAAUGGUUAAUCUCGGACUGAAUAAAAAGUAAGAUAUUUGUUUUCAAGGGAAGGUGAGAGUCAGUCUGGGAGUCGCUCAGAGAUCCGACCAAUAGCUUGAGGAAGAAUGCAAUAAAUUGCAGGAUGUUUUGGAAAAAAUGGCAAGUAUACUGUACAAGAUGCAGAAGAUAAUCCUUGCUGAGUGUGGGAUCUGUGCACUUUAAGCACAUGAAGCAUUCUACUAUGGAGAGAAAGAGAAACCAGCAUCAAUGUUUCAAACUUGGUCCAAACAACAGUUUGGUAAGAGAAAGAAAUGCUCACCAAUGUUAAAGCUGAAGUGUUUUCCAAGCUUUUCAUACAAACAGGAAUUGGCCCUAAAGCAGACAGUAUUACAGGAAAUAGCCCACACUGCAAAUACUAAUCUCUCCAUUGUCUAUUUUUGGCUAUGUCAACCCUACAUUGAGGACAGUUGGAAACUGCUACUAGAGAGUUUGCUUGAAACAGGUCACAGAGUCCUGUAA